AUGUUGCCAGUUGUGUCUCAAAAGGAAAAUCAGAGGGAGGUGUGUUUCAUAUGCCAAGGUAGUUUGAUAGAUGGUGAUGUGGUUACAGUGCGACAAAAAGGCGUGAAAACUCUAAUAAGCUCUAGUGUUCAAAGGAAAAACAACGAGCAUCGUCGUUAUUUAACUAAUUUGAGUGAAGUUAAAGUGCACAGUGCUUGCCAGAAGCAUUACAAUAAUCCGAAAUUGAUUUCUUCGUAUCUGAAAAGAGCCUCCGAACCAUCAACGUCAACACGUAGGUCGAAUGUAUUUGAUUUGAGAAAACACUGCUUUUAUUGUGGGAAAGAAGCUGAUGAUAAUUGGGAGGAAAACCUUCGCAGACUUCCCUAUGCCAAGCGAAAUUUAAUUCAUAAAGUGAUGAAGCUUGAACUAAGAGAUAGCGUUAUUGAGGUUGCUCGAAGGAGAGGUGACAACUGGGCAAGUGAAGUAUGGCAACGUAUCAGUGACGAAGAUCUUUGUGCAAGAGAUGCGUGGUAUCACAGAUUUUGUCAGAGGGAUUUUUACCGGCCAGUCAGGAGCGGAGGAGAAAAGGGACGUCCUCUAUCGAAAGAUGUUGACGAAGCAAUGGAAAUGAUUUUUUCCUAUAUAGAAAACAAUCCAGAGGAAUGCCAAUUCUCUUUAGAGGAACUGAUGAACCAGAUUACGACUGAAAACGUUCCACAGGCUAGGACAGUGAAAACCCGACUCUUGGAGAAAUACGAUGAAGACAUUUUGAUAGUUGAAACUAAAAAGAAGAAGACAGUAGUUUGUUUUAAAAAUACUGGCUAUAAAAUAUUGAGUGAUAGUUUCUAUCAGAGCAGGCUGUUAGAUCCAAGAGAAGAGCGCCUCAGAAUCGUAAGUGCUGCUGCAGAUAUCAUUCGAGAGGACAUCCGAUCACAGGUCUAUGAGAUAUCGCAAUAUCCCCCACCUGAUGAUUUCUUGAAGGAUGUCGAAUCGGUGAUCCCUGAAUCAUUGCUCCAUUUCUUUGAGUCAUUGAUUCUGAAAAAUAAACGAGGGACACUGGAAAAAUGGAAAAAAAGGUGUGUGGCAUUGUCACAUGCAGUGAUUUCUGCAGUGAGACCACGAUCGUUUCUAUCAUCUCUUUUAAUAGGGCUAAGCACGUUCAUAUAUAAACGAUUUGGUUCAAGACUUCUUGUUGACGCUCUCAGCGCAAUUGGAUUUGUGGCUACGUAUGCUGAAACUACCCUACUUGAGAUGUCAUCGAUAGUACGACCUGAGCAACCUAGGGUAACCACUGAUGGAUUCCUCCAAUUCAUUUUUGACAACGCGGAUUUCAAUAUUAACACCAUUGACGGAUUGAAUACUUUCCACUCUAUGGGAGGAAUCAUGGUCGUCACUCCUCACUCGGCCAUCGAGUCAGAAAGAAACAUUGAUCGGCAAGUGAGGAUGUCAUCUUCUGAUGUGUUGACCUCAGUUGGUGUACCUCAAUUGACCACCUUCCACAGGACAGAUAAUGGUGGUUUAAAUACCAUAAUUAUGAAGGACCUCAAUCUCAAUGACCCAGUGGCCUUGGAAGUGACUCUCUCUGGCUGUGAGAUUUUGUGGCUUUACGGAAAGUGGACGAAACGUGCCGAUGUGCCAGGAUGGGGUGGAUACAUGGAAGAAGCAACCAAUCACGGACAAUCUCCUACUUCAAAGAUAUUGUGUCUCCCAUUCUUGAACUACCCUCCCACUUUAUACGACACAAUAUAUACAUCGCUGCUAACGGCAUCUAAAAAAUGUGUGGAACUUGGACAACAGUCGUGCUUUGUCACAUUUGACCAGCCAUUGUAUGUGAAGGCAAAGGAUAUAGUGAGCAGUGAUGACAGUGAUUUAAAAAAUGUCAUUGUACGAUUAGGUGGAUUCCACCUUCUCAUGUCCUUCAUGGGCUGCAUCGGCGUGAUAAUGGCAGGAAGCGGCUUGAGAGACUUACUUUCCAUUAUAUUCGCCGAGAACAGUUUGGAUAAAAUAUUGAGUGGACAUGCAUAUGCUCGAGCAGUGAGAGCUCAUAUGCUAGUCCACAUGGUGUUGUCAUUUUACAUAUUUCAGGAGAUUGAGUUCACGGAUGGUGAAAAAGAAGUUAUGGAAGAAUUGCUGCUUUUUGAAAACAGACCAUCAGUACUCACAUGUCACGAAAACAAAAUUUAUAAGCAUGUGAUGAUCAAGUUUAACAAAGCGCUUCACACCAUUGCAGGUAGAGGACCAACUGCGAAACUAUGGACUCAGUAUUUCUACAUGGUGACAAUUAUGAAGCAGUUCAUUGAGGCAGAGCGGAUGGGCAACUGGCUUCUGCAUUUGGAUACCAUUAAAAAAAUGCUUCCUUACUUUCAUUCUGCUGGCCAUUUUCAAUAUGCUAAAAGUGCUCACCUUUACUUGCAAGAAAUGCUCACAUUGGAAGAGCAAAUGGAUCCAACAGAAUUCAAAAAAUUCACAACAGAGGGCUUUUUCACCAUCAGGCGCAGUGACAAAUUUUGGUGUGGAGUCUGGUCAGAUAUGACCAUCGAACAGACACUAAUGAAGACAAUGAAAGUAAAAGGCGGUUUAACUCACGGGCGUGGGUUUUCAGACUCAGUUCUUACAAAGUGGACUUCAGGGAUGGCAACUCUGCAUGAUGUUUGUCAGAGGAUUGAAGAAUUCUGUGAUAUAUCAACAGGUACAAGUGAGCAACACGUAGACUUGAGACCUUCACGCAGAGAUCGAAAUGCAGCAGACAGUGAGAAACUGAAUAAUUGGCUAUUGCAACACCCCCCAUUUCCACCAUGUAAUGUUCUCAUGUCAGUGAGCAGUGGAGUAAUUGGUGGUCCUGAAGUUAACUGUCAUUUGUCUGUAGAAGUUGGAAGUAUGGGGAUUGCCAAAAUUAUGGGACAGGACUUCAAAAACGUAUCAUUCAAACGCAAAGAUAAGGUUGUUACACUUGCAUCCUGCACUGCUCUGAAGAUAGGGGGAAAGACGAUAGCUACUAUCAACCCGUUAACACUGUUUCAUAGACUGUGCGUUGUGAAACAAUCCGAUGAAGAUUUGAAAUACUGUUUCUCAUUUGAACUUGCUCCAUACCCCAUGUCUAUGUUCACGGAAGAAGGUCUCCGUAAGGGGAAAUUGCCAACCCUCCUCGAGCAACAUCCUAAACUGAAAGAGCAAGCAGCUGCAUUCCUCAAACCCUCAGUCUCUCAAGACGAGAUAGCACAGGCAGGGGAACAGCUGAUCAUGUCUCUAUAUGGAAAAAUGGACAGUGGGACUCUCGAUGAGCUGAGAUACGAGCUCUUCGUCAAAUCUGCAUCAAAAAAGUCGUUCAACCUAGCACGGCUACCACCUACAUCAGAUGCAGCAAGAUGGCACUCAAUGCGAGUAUACCAGCAGGUGCAAACUUGGCUGGGGUGUCCAAUAAGCCCAUGCCAAUGGGGUUGGAGAAAACUUCCAUCCGGCUUAGUACCUAUUCAAACUACUAAAGAUGCUGCUCCCGACAUGUUACUAAAAAUGAUUUCUUGUACUUGCAAAAAAGGUUGCACUGCAGCAUGCGGGUGUCGAAAAUCUGGCCUCAACUGCUCUUCUGCAUGCAAGCAUUGCUCCGGCCUCUCCUGCGAAAAUGCUCCUGAGAUGGAGUUGGGAGAAGACGAGGACGAAGAGUUUUCCGAGUCAGAAGAAAUUUCCGAUGCUGCUGCAAUGGACCACGAAGUGAGGAUGCCAGACACGGACAUUGCAGAGCCCCAGCCCAAACGAUUUCGCCUAUAA